AUGCUGCUGAACGGUGACUUUGAGAAGGACAAGAGUUUGGGGGCCACAAAGCUGAUUGGCUGGGCCAAGCUCAAGGAGAACAGCACUGUUGGUGGCGGAGGUCUGUACAACGGCUCCAUCCUUUCUUACGAUGGACGGCCAGGCUACCCCUUCGACAACCCUAAUCGCUACUUCCGCACCCGGCAGGCACGCAGCACCGCAAAAGGCAACAUCGCCUUCGCGCUGGUGAACAAUGCGCCAUUCAAUGUGACCAGCAAACGUCAGAAGAUCUACUUCGACUGGUUUGUGGACAACCCCUGGCCCUACUACUUUGUCGUUGACACGAUGUCCCUGCUGGCAAACCACAGCGACAUCGUGCAGCACCAGGCCCGCGUCGACCUGUAUGACUACGACAAGCUGAAGCCGCCGGGCAACUACUCGGACCUCGCGGCCCAGGUCUUUGACCAGUACAGCGCAACCGCCGGUGACGCAUACCUUGGGCCGGUGCUGUCGCCGAACAUCGUCGCACACACGCACAACCUGCAGUCGAUGGCGACGGAGGUGCCUCUGGAGCAGUACGUGGGGAAGCGGAUCCUGUUCGUUUUCCGGUACAGCACGAAUACGUACUUCCUCGGGUUUGGGCUCGACAAUGUACAGGUCGUGGAGUGCAACCACGAGGACGAUUGGAGCGAUCUAAAAGUAUGA